UCUGACAACAUAAGAAAGUUUGCUGCAGCUGAGCUUUUACUACGCAAAGAGGACAAUCAUCAGUUGUGUUGGGAUGUCAGGGCUGCCUGUUUUUCAUCGUGCUCCUUUCCUGCUGCUGUGCAUUCUGGGUGUGACUCUAAUGACGUCUGGCUUCCCUCAACCUCGACUGCCAUUCAGAGGUCCUAGCAGCUCAGUCGAGCCAAAACAGGAUGGCUGGAACAUUCUCUUCCCAUCCAUCUCUCUCCGUGAUUGGAGCAUCCAAAUGAUGUCAGAGCCCAGCCUUGGACCAGCAGCCAAUAAUAAAGCAAGACUGAUGAGGGAGGCAUGGCUUUCAGUGCCAGAGGAGGCUGAGACAAGGUAACUGCUGUUUGUGUGUUCCAGCUUGGAGACAGUGUGGCCAGCUGAAUGGUUUCAUGGAACACGCAUGGUGAAGAGGAACAUGGUGGUGGCUGAUGAUGCCGCCUUCAGAGAGAAGAGUAAACUCCUCACUGCCAUGGAGAGACAGAAGUGGCUCAACUCCUACAUGCAGAAACUACUAGUGGUUAAUUCUUAGUGAUAACAACAUGUACAGUCUUUAUAACCCUUUUUAGUAGAAUAUCAAACCACUUAC